CGUAAACACACCCAUCAAAAACCAGCUUUUUAUCGCUGGAGUGACUGAACGUGUUUCUUUGAACCACAAAGUGGAUUAACCUGUGAAAAUGGCCAGAGGUCAAGGCAUCAAUCGGGAGCUCUCAGAUUUGCUGAACGAACUGUGGAAGCUGGAUGUGAAUCGCAUGAUGCCUGGAAAAGACUAUAAAAUCAACCUACAGGGUAAGGCUGGCUUUGUAGCUGAAGGUAGCAAUCAUGCCAGGGACAGCGCUAGAGCUCCUCUUUUCUCCUAUGUCAAUGAAAACAAGCUCAAAAGCAUUGAUACUUAUGCCCACUUUAUAAAUCUGCUGGACAAUUAUGAGAUGUCUACAGGAGUGGCUGAGCAUGUGACAAAAGAGGAGCUUCAGGAGAAUCAUCUUUUCCUGGAUGCCAUUCUGAAGACAGAGGUCAUGAAGUGUGCCCACAGGUAUUUAGUACGCAAAGGUCUAGCCCAGUCGGAUCCAGCUAAGUUUAAGAGCCAGCUGUAUGACAUCUGGUUUAAGCUGUAUCGCAGAGACAAAAGUGGAGGGGAAGAUUCCUGUGGAUUUGAGCACGUGUUUGUUGGUGAAACCAAACAUGGUAAAGAGAUAAUGGGCCUCCACAACUGGGUCCAGUUUUACCAUCAGGAGAAACACAAUCAUGUAGACUACAAAGGAUACAAGGCCAGAAAUAACAAGGACACGCCGGACGAGGACGAUCACGUCUUGAACCUGCAGUUCAGCUGGAAUGGCCUGGUCAAGCCGGUCGGCAGUUGUUUCAUUGGCGUCAGCCCAGAGUUCGAGGUGGCUCUCUUUACUAUUGUCUUCUUUCUGUCUAAUGAGCGUGUGACCAAUGUUACAGUGAAGGUGGACGAGUACCUGCUUGAGAUUGUGGUGUACAGAUUCGGGCGCUCCAUUGGGACUUCAUACCCUAAAAUGAUCAGCAGCAACAACCGGGAUUUCUAGAUUUAUCAUAUCUGGUAUGAUUUAGAGGCUAACAUAGAUAAAGUUGGGUUGAUAGCCCAAAUAAUCACUACUACAGCUUGAGGUUCUUAAAUUCUCAAUCUUAAACUGCUAGUGUGAAAUAUAUGUGACCAAUAUAUGCUUUUAGAAAAACUGUCAGAUUGCAAAUGAUCCAUUUAAUUUUGUUAUAAAAUUCUGUAUACAGUUAUGUGCAAAAGUCUUAAGGCUUUCGUAGUUAGGUGAGCCUUAAAUUGCUUAGCCUAUAAACUAUAUAAACAGCUAUUUUGCAUUAGAUGCACUAAGUUUAAGUUCAAAGAAUGUACACAUUUUACUGUGUUUUUUUUUAAUGCUAUGCUGACAGUGAUUUAUGCAUAGAGGUUUUACAUAGACCCAACCUGACUGCUGCAAGCUUUUAGAAAUCAUGCUUUUUUGUUAAUUGAGCAAGAGAGUUACAAAUCAGAAAUGAAACACUUAUGUGUAUUUUAUUUUUUAUGAGACUUAAGCCAUCCACACAUCUUGUCAGUGUAUUUUUUUUUUGUAUGAACUCAGUGCUCAACUGCACUAGACGGAGUGGAACUUGAAAAAUGGGUCUUCAUAGAUGAAGAAUAUCACUUACACUUUCAUUACUUAUCCGUCCUUGAAACUCUAUAGCAUAAAAAAUAUUCUGCACAAAAAAAUUAUUUUGCUUUUUUUUUUUUUAUAAUGCAAACGAAAUGGAUACUUUGAAGUAUGUACUAUAACACUGCUGUUACAGUAAAAUAUGUGCCUUAUGUUUGUUGCAAUAAAGAUUGUUUCCGUUUAUAUAACA